AUGACUGAGGAUGAGGCUAUACAGUUUGUUGUUUUACACGUGGAGGGAGUUGCAUAUGACUCGUGGCACCAUGGUUUGGUUACGCAAAACCAUACCCUUAUUCACUCUUAUACUAAGUUCACCGAGAGAUUGAUUGCCAGGUUUGACAAGAAGGAUAUAGAGCUGUAUUACAGGGACUUGGCUCUACUUAGGCAGUCAGGACAUGUGGAAACUUGUAUUAAUGAGUUUCAGUGGAUAGUUGUGAUGGUUCUUGAGAUGCCUGAUAGGAGAGUGGUUAUGUUGUUUAUUGAGGGUCUACAUGAGAGACUCAGGGGACUAGCUAAGGCUUUAAGGCCUGGGACAUUACAGGAGGCCAUUCAGCUUACCUUAGACCUUGACACUACUCCUCCCCCAUCCACUUUCCAGAAAAACAAAAACUUCACCAGGAACUCUAAACCUUUCCAAAAGACUUCUCAGUUUCAGCAAGGCAAUACUUUUGCCCCAAAAUUUGAUCCGGAGUUUAGGAAUGAGUUAAGAAGGAAGAAACUAUGUUUUACUUGCAAGGAGCCUUGGGAACCUGGUCACCAAUGCAGUGGAAAGGGAAAGGUCCAUCUUAUUGAGGUCCAUUUAGAUGGUGAUGAGGAGCAUGUUGCUGAUUCAGAUCCAGAUAAUGAGUAUGAUGAUUAG